GGGCUCCGAGCGGCUGGGGCGGGAGCAGAGGCCGAGCGGCGGUCGGAGGCGCGGGCGAGGCGCAGGCUGGAUGAUCUGCCUGUGUCUGACCCGAGCUGACCUAAGGCCACUCCCUGGUGAUCAUGUGGCAGCUGCCUCUUGCCAUCACCACGGUUGCUGUGGUUCUUCUCGCCUCAUUACUACUGGUCUCAGGUGGCUUACCUGUACGUGCCAUCUUCACAGUCUCGGACGUGGCCCUAACUCACCUGGCUGUACACCAUGACACGGGUGAGGUCUACCUUGGCGCCAUCAACCGCAUCUACAAGCUCUCAGCCAACCUGACUCAGCUGCGGGCUCACACCACAGGCCCGGUGCCUGAUGACCCCCGUUGCUACCCUCCACCAGGGGUGCGGCUCUGUGCCCACCAGCUGGCUCCUGCUGAUAAUGUCAAUAAGUUGCUGCUGAUUGACUAUGCUGGCAGCCGGAUGGUUGCGUGUGGCAGCGUCUGGCAGGGAGUAUGCCAGCUCUUGCGCCUCGAUGAUUUGACCAAGCUGGGUGAACCACACCAGCGCAAGGAGCACUAUCUUUCUGGUGGGCGUGAGCCAGAUGCCAUGGUGGGCGUGAUCGUGGAGAAACUGGGGCAGCCCAGUCGGUUCUUUGUGGGCACGUCUGUUGGAGGUCGCUCAGAAUACUUCCCCACCCUCUCCAGCCGGCGCCUGAGCCCGGAUGCCGCCAGUCCUGAGAUGUUCAGUCUUGUGUAUCAGGAUGAGUUUGUUUCCUCCCAAAUCAAGGUGCCUUCAGACACCCUCUCGCUCUACCCGGCCUUCGAUAUCUACUAUGUGUCUGCGUUUGUGUCUGGAGGCUUUGUUUAUUUCCUGACCUUGCAGCUGGAUACAGCCCAGACCCCUCUAGAGCCAGCGGGGGGUCCAGUGGGCCCAGGCGUGGCUGGUGGAGAGCGGUUCUUCUCAUCCAAGAUUGUGCGUCUUUGUGCCAAUGACACAGAAUUCUACUCUUACGUGGAGUUCCCCCUGGGCUGCUCCAAAGACGGUGUGGAAUAUCGCCUAGUGCAGGCUGCACAGCUGGCUAAGGCGGGCCACCAGUUGGCCCAGUCGUUGGGCAUAGCUGAGGGGCAGGAUGUACUGUAUGCUGCCUUUUCACAAGGCCAGAAGAACCGGGCAGCACCACCCCGGGAGAGCCUUCUCUGCCUCUUCACUCUGGAUGAGGUCAAUCAGCGCAUCCGUGAGCGCAUACAGUCAUGCUACCGUGGAGAAGGACGCCUCUCUCUUCCGUGGCUUCUUAACAAAGAGCUGCCCUGCAUCAACACGCCCAUGCAGAUCAAUGGGAAUUUCUGUGGGCUGGUGCUAAACCAGCCAUUAGGGGGGCUGCAGGUCAUCGAAGGGCGCCCCCUGCUGGAGGAGAAGACUGAGGGCAUGGCCAGUGUCGCUGCCUACACCUACCGCGGCCACUCUGUCGUUUUCGUAGGAACGCGUGCUGGCAAUCUUAAGAAGGUGCGUGUGGACAACCCAAACGAAGCUCUUCUGUACGAGUCUGUGCCAGUGAUGCCUGGAGAGCCCGUACUGCGUGACAUGGCCCUGAGUCCUGACCAGCGACACCUCUAUUUACUCGGCCAGAGACAGGUCGUGCGGCUUCCAGUGGAGAACUGUGAGCAAUACUCGUCUUGCGCUGAGUGCUUAGGCUCCAAAGACCCACACUGUGGCUGGUGUGUCUUGCACAACAGGUGCUGCAGGGAAAGCGAGUGCCCUCGUGCUGCUGAGCCUCACCGCUUUACAGCAGGGCUAAGUCGGUGUGUGCAGCUGAUUGUAGAGCCUAAUAACAUCUCUGUCACAGACCCCAGCAUUGUGCUGCAGCUGACCCUCCACAAUGCCCCAGAUCUGACUGCCGGUGUGAUCUGCUCCUUUGACAGCCUCGGAGAGAGUGAGGGACAGCUGCAGAGAGAUGGAGGAAUUCGCUGCCUUUCUCCUACCUUGCGAGAUGAGCCGCCUGGGGAGCACGGUGAUGUCCGUACUGUUCAACUCCGACUUCUCUCCAUGGAGACUGGUGUAGAAUUUGCUAGCACAAAUUUUGUCUUCUACGACUGCAGCCUUCUGCGCACGUGUUUGUCAUGUGUCAGCAGCCGCUACCCUUGCCACUGGUGUAAAUACAGGCACGCUUGCACCCACAAUGUUGCCAAGUGCUUCUUUGUGGAGGGACGGGUCAACACCACGGAGGGCUGCCCAGAGCUGCUCCUUGGUGGGGAGAUUUUGAUACCAGUGGGGGUCUUGCAACCUAUUACUUUGCGUGCCAAGAAUCUUCCACAGCCUCAGUCAGGCCAGAAGAACUAUGAGUGUGUUUUGGGCAUUCAGGGUCGGCAGCAGCGUGUCCCGGCUGUGCGCUUCAACUCGAGCAGUGUGCAGUGCCAGAAUACAUCGUAUUGGUACGAGGGAGAGGAACAGGGAGAGGUGCUGCUGAACUUCGAUGUCAUUUGGGAUGGAGACUUUGCCAUUGACAAGCCACCAGGGUUCAAAGCUCUGUUGUACAAGUGUUCGGCCCAGCGCUCUAGCUGUGGGCUGUGCCUCAAGUCAGACCCCCGUUAUGAGUGUGGUUGGUGUGUCCCUGAGCGUCGCUGCCUCCUACGCCCUCAUUGCCUUGCUCCCCGGCAGAAUUGGGUACCACCUGGUCGAAGGGGGGCCCGCUGUGCCCACCCCCGCAUCACCCAGGUGUCACCACUUACAGGCCCCAAGGAAGGAGGUACACGGGUGACAAUUUGGGGCGAGAACCUGGGGCUUCAUUUCCAUGAGGUGGGGGUGCGUGUGGCCGGCGUGCGCUGUAGUUCCCUUCCUGCGGAAUAUGUCAGUGCCGAGAGGCUGGUGUGUGAACUGGAGCCGUCACAGUUGCCUGAUCCUCCCCCUGGCCCCGUGGAACUCUGCAUAGGGGACUGCAGUGCUGACUACCGGACCCAGUCGGAGACGCCCUUCGUUUUUGUGAACCCCAGUUUUCAUGGGGUGGAUCCAGAACAAGGCCCUGCCUCUGGUGGGACAAGAAUCAGCCUCCUGGGGACCCACCUGGAUGCCGGGAGCGAUGCCAGUGUCACGAUCCGUGGAGCCCCGUGUCGGCUGGUCAGGCGUAGCUCAGGGGAGAUUGUCUGUCUGACUCCUCUCUCCAUGCUGGGCCCAGGCCCUGCCAAUCUUAGCCUUCGCAUCGACCGCGCCAACAUCAGCAGCAACAGCACCGUCUUCUUCCGCUACAGUCCCGACCCAGUCAUCACAGCGAUAGAGCCUGCCUGGAGCAUUGCCAACGGUAGUACCAGUCUCACAGUGAGUGGAACUCACCUACAGACCAUUCAGGAGCCACGAGUUCGAGCUUCCUUUGGGGGAAUUGAAACCAUCAAUAGUUGCCAUGUGUUGAAUGACUCCGUGAUGCUGUGCAAGGCACCAGGCAUUGUACUUGGGGAGCAGGCACUGCCUCUUGGGGGUGCUAACCCUGAUGAGUUUGGCUUCCUCUUGGAUGACGUGGCUGCCCUGCGUACCCUGAACCGCUCAGCUUUCACCUACUACCCAGAUCCCAGCUUCGAGCCGUUUGGUCCCAGUGGCAUCCUGGAGAUUAAACCUGGGUCCCACGUAGUCCUCAAGGGCAGGAACCUGAUCCCAGCAGUGUCGGGCAGCUCACGGCUCAACUACACAGUUCUGAUUGGUGGGGCGCCCUGCAUCCUGACUGUCUCAGAGACUCAACUGUUGUGCGACUCACCAGGCCAGACGGGGGAGCAGCCAGUCACGAUCUUGGUGGGGGGCCUGUCCUUCUCCCCCGGGACCUUACAUAUCUACCCUGAGGCAGCUCUGCCUUUGCCAGCUCUCGUGGGGUUGGGUGCAGGAGGCAGCUUGCUUUUGGGAGCCAUUAUUGGGGUGCUGGUGGCCUAUAAGCGGAAGACGCGGGAUGCUGACCGCACCCUGAAAAGGCUGCAGCUGCAGAUGGACAACCUGGAGUCUCGCGUGGCCCUGGAGUGCAAGGAAGCUUUUGCUGAGCUGCAGACUGACAUAAACGAGCUGACGAACAACAUGGACGGAGUGAAGAUCCCCUUCCUGGACUACCGGACAUACGCGAGGCGCGUACUCUUCCCAGGGGUUGACGAACACCCAGCACUGCAAGAGAGCAGCACACCACCGAGCACAGAGAAAGGGCUGCGGCUCUUUGGCCAGCUGCUUCACACACGGCCCUUCCUGUUGACCUUCAUCCACACGCUGGAGGGCCAGCGGGGCUUCUCCAUGCGGGACCGAGGCGCCGUAGCCUCCCUGACGAUGGUAGCCCUUCAAGGCAGGCUGGACUACGCCACAGGGGUGCUCAAGCAGCUGCUGGCAGACCUCAUUGAGAAGAACCUGCAGAACCGGGCCCACCCAAAGCUCUUGCUCCGCCGGACGGAGUCAGUGGCCGAAAAGAUGUUGACCAAUUGGUUUACUUUUCUCUUGCACAGGUUCCUCAAGGAGUGUGCCGGAGAGCCUUUGUUCAUGCUUUUCUGUGCCAUUAAGCAGCAGAUGGAGAAGGGACCAAUAGAUUCCAUCACGGGCGAGGCACGCUACUCUCUGAGCGAAGACAAGCUCAUUCGCCAACAGAUUGAUUACAAGACCUUGACGCUCCUGUGUACCCCCCCGGAACCACCCGGUGGCCCUGCAGUGCCUGUCAAAGUACUAAACUGCGAUUCAGUGACGCAAGUGAAAGAGAAGCUACUGGAUGCCGUGUACCGAGGGGUGCCUUUUUCACAGCGGCCUCGUGCCGAGGACAUGGAGCUUGAGUGGUGUCAAGGCAGUGGAGGCCGAAUGGUUCUGAAAGAUGAAGAUGCCACCAGCAAGAUUGAGGGGGACUGGAAAAGGUUCAACACUCUCAGCCAUUAUCAGGUAACAGAUGGCUCUGCAGUGGCCCUGGUUCCCAAGCAGGCGUCGGGCUACAACAUUGCCAGCUCCUUCACUUUCACCCAUUCGCUGAGCCGCUACGAUAGUUUGCUGCGUACAUCCAGUAGCCCAGAGAGUUUGCGCUCACGAGCCCCCAUCCUCACGCCAGACCAAGAUUCAGGCAUCCGCUUAUGGCAUCUGGUCAAGAACCACGAGCAUCUCGGAGACCCCAAGGAAGGGGAACGGGGGAGCAAGAUGGUGUCUGAGAUUUACCUCACCCGCCUCCUUGCCACCAAGGGCACUUUGCAAAAGUUUGUGGAUGACCUAUUUGAGACUGUAUUCAGCACAGCGCACCGGGCCAGUGCUCUUCCUCUGCCCAUCAAAUACAUGUUUGACUUCCUGGAUGAGCAAGCAGAGCGGAGGCAGAUUGGUGACCCAGAUGUUCGACACACCUGGAAAAGCAAUUGCCUGCCCUUGCGGUUUUGGGUGAAUGUUAUUAAGAACCCGCAGUUCGUCUUUGAUAUCCACAAGAGCAGCAUCACAGACGCCUGCCUCUCUGUGGUGGCCCAGACCUUCAUGGACUCUUGCUCUACCUCCGAGCACCGCCUUGGCAAGGACUCCCCCUCAACCAAGCUACUGUAUGCCAAGGACAUUCCUGUGUACAAAGGCUGGGUAGAGAGGUACUACAGGGACAUUGCCAAGAUGGCCUCCAUCAGUGACCAGGACAUGGAUGCCUACCUAGUGGAACAGUCCCGGCAGCAUGUGGGAGAAUUUAACACCCUCGGUGCACUAGGGGAGCUCUACAGCUAUGUGGGCAGGUACCGGGACGAGAUCCUGACAGCGCUGGAACGUGAUGCCGCCUGCCGGAAACAUAAAUUGAGGCAGAAGCUUGAACAAGUCAUCACUCUUGUUUCUGGGAAUAGCUGAGUGCCGGGAAAGGGGAGCAAAGGACAGGGCGGGGCACAGACAGACGGGCCUGCACCUGAAAGGACUCUACCUCCAGCCCUGCCUUGUGGCCCUGGCCAGAAUGAUAGGCUUGACCGUUUGAACUGCUGUGUGGAGAGGCAUAACCUUUGCCCUCAGAGGGUGAAAUCCUGGGGUGGAAGAAAGAGGUUGUGAUCCCCCACUCUUGGUCAGCCCAGAAGCAAUAACCUUUCCUCUGAACUAGGAGGGACAGCUCAGAGUGAGCUGUGGGGCUGGGGGUGCAGCCGGGUACCUGCCCCUCCCCGUAAAACUGGCAGCUAAAUUGAGAUCCUUCAUCCCCAAAUGUUUGUGGGCCCUGCCCCCUUGUCCCAUCAUAUGGACGAUUCCCUAAUCCCCUACUCCUCUGUUGGUAGCUAGUGGAAUUUGCCCUUGUUCUGUUUCGGUGACCAUGGCGAUUGGAUUUUUUACCCUUCCCACACACCCACCCCACCUGUUGUGCCCUCCCUGGGUGCAGUGCCUUACUCAUUAAUUUAUUAUUGCAUCUCGUUAAGAUUAUUGGCUGUAAAUGAUCCAUUCCCUUGAUGUAGAGAUUUCAGUGUAAAAAGUCCUCCAUUUCCCCCUCCAUCCUUUGAGUCUGUGUAAAUAUUUGCGCUGUGGUCUGGAGGGAUUCGGUCCUCCACUCCUCCCAAAAGAAUCCCGUUUCAGCUAAGGAAUUUGGGGUGGGGGACGUCUCUGCAGCUGCAUGGGCUUUUUAUUGGUUCAUUUUAUAAUUAAUUUUCUUUUGCUAAAUAAAAGCCUGGAAAAGUGUUCUUCUUGAGGUCCU